CGGAGCGCCGAUACCGCGGCCCGCGGCCUACACGGAGCCUUCUUUUCACCGGAGGACCAGCGAUCCGCAGUCUUCAACACAGAGGUACCGUGCUCCGCGCUCCCCGCCCGGUCCGGCCCAACCUGCUGUGGCAGUGCCUCCUUCUUUCCUCUCUCUCUCUCGCCUGCCGGCGCCUUCCCUGACUGCCUGCGUCACCGCGGCCGCCAUGGCUGAGAAUGGCGAGAGCAGCGGCCCCCCGCGCCCCUCCCGCGGCUCUGCUGCGGCCCAAGGCCCAGCCUCUACCCAGGCCGAGCCCAAAAUCAUCAAAGUCACUGUGAAGACCCCCAAAGAGAAAGAGGAGUUCGCAGUGCCCGAGAACAGCUCAGUCCAGCAGUUUAAGGAAGCGAUUUCGAAACGCUUCAAAUCCCAAACGGAUCAGUUAGUGCUGAUUUUUGCCGGAAAAAUCUUAAAAGAUCAGGAUACCUUGAUCCAACAUGGCAUCCAUGAUGGACUGACUGUUCACCUUGUCAUCAAAAGCCAGAACCGACCUCAGGGCCAGUCCACACAGCCUAGUAAUGCCGCGGGAACUAACACUACCACCGCGUCGACUCCCAGGAGUAACUCCACACCUAUUUCCACAAAUAGCAACCCGUUUGGGUUGGGGAGUCUUGGAGGACUUGCAGGCCUUAGCAGCCUCGGCUUGAGCUCGACUAACUUCUCUGAGCUCCAGAACCAAAUGCAGCAGCAGCUCUUGUCCAGCCCUGAGAUGAUGAUCCAAAUCAUGGAAAAUCCCUUUGUUCAGAGCAUGCUUUCGAAUCCUGAUCUGAUGAGGCAGCUCAUUAUGGCCAAUCCACAGAUGCAGCAAUUAAUUCAAAGAAACCCAGAAAUCAGUCACCUGCUAAACAACCCAGAUAUAAUGAGGCAGACCCUCGAAAUUGCCAGGAAUCCAGCUAUGAUGCAGGAAAUGAUGAGAAAUCAAGACCUGGCUCUCAGCAAUCUUGAAAGCAUCCCAGGUGGCUACAAUGCUUUACGGCGCAUGUACACUGACAUUCAAGAACCCAUGCUGAAUGCCGCACAAGAGCAGUUUGGGGGUAACCCAUUUGCCUCGGUGGGGAGCAGUUCCUCCUCUGGGGAAGGUACACAACCUUCCCGCACAGAAAAUCGUGAUCCACUACCCAAUCCAUGGGCGCCACCACCGGCUACCCAGAGUUCUGCGACCACUAGCACAACAACCAGCAGUGGCAGUGGAUCUGGCAGUAGCUCCAGCAGUGCUACCGGAAACACAGUGGCUGCAGCCAAUUAUGUCGCCAGUAUCUUCAGCACCCCAGGAAUGCAGAGCUUGCUGCAACAGAUAACCGAAAACCCCCAGCUGAUCCAGAAUAUGCUGUCUGCACCAUAUAUGAGAAGCAUGAUGCAGUCUCUGAGCCAGAAUCCAGAUUUGGCUGCACAGAUGAUGCUGAAUAGCCCUGUGUUUACUACAAAUCCUCAGCUGCAGGAGCAGAUGCGUCCACAGCUCCCUACUUUCCUACAGCAGAUGCAGAAUCCAGAGACGCUAUCAGCCAUGUCAAACCCAAGAGCAAUGCAGGCUUUAAUGCAGAUCCAGCAGGGGCUACAGACAUUAGCCACUGAAGCUCCUGGCCUCAUUCCAAGCUUCACUCCAGGCCCCAUUGGGCCCAUAGGACCCACUGGCCCUGCAGGUCCCCCUGGCUCCACUGGCACAGGCGCUCCCCCUGGGCCUACUGUGUCUAGCGCUGCACCCAGUGAAACCACGAGCCCAAUAUCGGAAUCUGGACCCAACCAGCAGUUCAUUCAGCAAAUGGUGCAGGCUCUGGCUGGUGCAAAUCCUCCGCAGCUGCCAAAUCCAGAAGUCAGAUUUCAACAACAACUGGAACAGCUCAACGCAAUGGGCUUCUUAAACCGGGAAGCAAACUUGCAGGCUCUAAUAGCAACAGGAGGCGACAUCAAUGCAGCCAUUGAGAGGCUGCUGGGCUCCCAGCCAUCGUAAUUACAUUUCUGUACCUUGAAAAAAUGUAUCUUAUUUUUGAUAAUGGCUCUUAAAUCUUUAAACACACACAAAAUUGUGCUUUACUUUCAGUUUGAUUUUUUUCAACUCUGUCUAGUUAUAAAUUUAAUAUGCAUUUUAAGGUGGAGUCCUUUCCUCCCUCUUUGUUUCCUCCCUCCUUCCCUCUCUCCCUUCCCUCCCUUCCUCUGUUUUGAAUGGUGAGAAUCAAUGCUGUUUUACUCAAAGGUGUUGCAUGCAAACACUUCUUUAUUCUGCGUUUAUUGUGAUUUUUGGAAACAAAUCAACCUUUACAGUUGGGUGAAGAAGUUUUGUCCUACAGAUGUCCAAUUUAUUUGCAUUUUAAACAUUAGCCUAUGAUAGUAAUUUAAUGUAGAAUGAGAAUAUUAAAAACAGAAACAGAUUAACUGAAACUCUAUAAUUUGUGGUACAAUAUUGCUUAUUGUGACUUUGGCAUGUAUUUUUGCUAGCAAAAUGCUGUAAGAUUUAUACUAUUUGAUCUUUUUUGAUAUAUUUGUACACAGUACAGUAAGCACAAUUGGAACUGUACAUCUCGAUAAAUUGCAGCAGAAUCUCUGAGCAGAUAUGUAUAACCAAAAUGAGAAAGAAUAUAAGAAAUAUGUCUGGAGCUUGGUAUAUCUCACAAUUUUGUAGAAUCUUACAGCAUCUUUGAUAAACUUCUCAGUGAAAAUGUUGAUUAGGUAAGUUCAGUUAAAACAUAGUAGAAAUGUUUAUCCUGGUAUCUCUAAGUAUACAUUUAAUUGUACAGAAAACAGUGUGAUGUGUCAACAUUUGCAAAUUGAUUGUAUAUGAUCUUAAUCUUAGUGCAGCCUGAAGGAUCAGUAUAGUAAUGCCAGGAAAGUGCUUUUUUAAGACUUCCUUCUCAGCUUCUCCCAUAAAGAGAUCCUAAUACGCAUUUUGAUUUGUAAUUGGAAAUGUAACUUUCACUGAAAGUGUCAUGUGAUGUUUGCAUUACUUUUAACUGCUGUGUAUAAAGAAAACUGUAUCUUUUGACUCCAUCAGUUAUUUCUCUUGUGCACAGGGAAAAUGCAUUAAAA